GCCAAUUGCCACUUCUUCACAUCUGUUCGGUAUCCGGUUUUUCUUUGACAAUUCUACCCACCGAACAAAAAGUAGCCAUGCCUGCCCAACAGAAGACCGCCAUCUUGUCCGUCUACAACAAGACUGGACUCUUGGAUUUGGCAAAGGGACUGUCGCAGAAUGGAAUUCGUCUCCUGGCCUCGGGCGGUACCGCCAAGUUGAUUCGGGAAGCUGGAAUGGAAGUUCUCGAUGUCAGCAGCAUUACCCACGCUCCCGAGAUGUUGGGCGGACGAGUGAAGACUCUUCACCCUUCGGUUCACGCCGGCAUCCUCGCCCGCAAUCUGGAGUCCGACGAGAAGGACCUGGCCGAGCAGAACAUCGACAAGGUUGACUAUGUUGUCUGCAACUUGUACCCGUUCAAGGACACCAUCACCAAAAUCAACGUGACCGUUGCCGAGGCUGUCGAGGAGAUCGAUAUCGGUGGUGUUACUCUUCUCCGCGCGGCGGCCAAGAAUCACUCCCGCGUCACCAUCCUCUCCGACCCUGAGGAUUACCCCAGUUUCUUGGAGGAGCUUAAGAAGGGUGAGGUUUCCGAGACCGCUCGCAAGAUCUAUGCCUUGAAGGCUUUCGAGCACACUGCCGACUAUGACUCCGCCAUCUCCGAGUUUUUCCGCAAGCGGUACGCCGGUGACGGCGUCCAGCAGCUCACCCUGCGCUACGGAGCCAACCCCCACCAGAAGCCCGCCCAGGCCUUCGUCAAGUCUGGAAAGCUUCCUUUCAAGGUCAUCUGCGGAUCCCCUGGAUACAUCAACCUUCUGGAUGCCCUUAACUCGUGGGCGCUGGUAAAGGAGAUGAAGGAGGCUCUGGGCCUCCCCGCUGCCGCUUCCUUCAAGCACGUUUCGCCCGCUGGUGCUUCCGUUGGAUUGAAGCUGUCCGACGUCGAGAAGAAGCUGUGCUUCGUCGACGACAUUGCGGGUCUUGAUGAGAGCCUCUUGGCUUGUGCAUACGCCCGUGCUCGUGGUGCCGACAGAAUGAGCAGCUUUGGCGACUGGAUUGCUCUGAGCGACGAGGUUGAUGUUGUUACGGCCAAGAUCAUCAGCCGUGAGGUUUCCGACGGAAUCAUUGCCCCUGCCUACUCGGCCGAGGCCCUUGAGAUCCUGAAGAAGAAGAAGGGUGGCAGGUACACCGUUCUUCAGAUGGAUCCCAACUACGAGCCCGCCCACAACGAGACUCGCCAGGUCUACGGCGUCUCACUCAACCAGGGACGCAACGACGUUAAGAUUAGCGACAAGACCUUCUCCCGUGUCAUCACCCCUGCCGGCGCCGAGCUCCCCAAGCAGGCGAUCAUCGACCUGGUCGUCGCUACCAUCGCACUCAAGUACACCCAAUCCAACUCUGUCUGCUUCGCCAAGAAUGGCCAGGUCGUCGGACUCGGAGCCGGCCAGCAGUCGCGUAUUCACUGCACCCGUCUUGCUGGUGACAAGGCCGACAACUGGUGGGCGAGACAGCACCCUAAGAUCUUCGAGUUCAAGUGGAAGAAGGGAACCAAGCGCCCCGACAAGAGCAACGCUAUCGACCUCUUUGUCACCGGACAGAUCCCCGAGAAGGGUAGCAUGGAGUGGGAUCUCUACGCCGCCAACUUCGACGAGGUCCCUACGGAACUCACUGCGGAGGAGAAGAAGGCCUGGAAGAAGGAGCUGACCGACGUUGUUGUCUCCAGCGACGCAUUCUUCCCCUUCGUUGACAACAUUUUCCGUGCUGCCGCCUCUGGUGUCAAGUACGCUGCCGCCCCCGGUGGAUCGGUGAACGACCAGGCCGUUCACGAUGCCGCCGAGAAGUGUGGUAUCACAUUCGUGGAGCAGGAGACCCGUCUGUUCCAUCACUAGAGAAAAAAAAUAGCGAACUUGUAUUGUAUUUCGUAGAUCUAGAUUGUGAUAAACGAUGUUUUCAGGUCAAAGAUGUUUGUGUGCUAGUGAUAAUGCUGUUUCGGUUGUCCGCUCGUAUUAUCUGAUCCCUCACCAUCGUCAGCCGGCCAGCUAUCCAGACCUACAGAGAAGUCCUUGUAGCCCUCAAUCUCACAGUUGAAGUGAUCAGCGUCUAAAGCG